AUGGCGAGAAGAAACAGAAAUAAUCCGCGUGUUCCUCCGUGGGCGACGGCUAAACCAUAUUUCAGACACGCCGCACGAGCCUUCAAAGACGCACAUAGACUAGAUUGGACUCUCAUCCAAUUACAAAAUACGAUAGAGACAAUAUGGGCUGGCGACGAACUAACGCGCGAUUACUAUGAGGCACGCAGAGGGAGAGAGAGACUGUAUGGCUUGCCUCCAGGCCGCGAUAUAAUACCACAAAACCCCUACAACGAAGCGGAUGUUGCUCACGCAAAAGCCAAUAAGACAUUACCUCUACGACGUGACGCACGAGGAAAUCCGAUCCCCCCUGUGCCAGCCGCACCUCCACUACCUCCACCACGACCAAGGAACAACUACCCCUACGACUUUUGGCCUCGAGAACCCUGGCAUCCCGAACCAAUUGAUGCAACACGAGACAUGACGCCGAAGUUCAUAUCAGAAAACACGUAUGUCUUUCUAGAGACUCCACCUCACCAGUGGCCGGUAAGUGAUGAAUCAGACAUGCGUGGAGCGAAGUUUUUGGGAUAUGGAUCAUAUGGCUGCGCGGGAUUAUGGUGCCAGGUAAAUCCAACAAAUGUGAUUGAAAAAAGAUUCGUCAUUAAAGAAGCACGGAUGAGUAAAAGUGAUUGGCGAGAUCCCAUUAACUGGCGUGACCAACUCCCAAAAGAAAUCCGAAUCCACCAACUCGUCGACAGCGAUCGUGCCAGAAAUCGCGCUUAUGGCUCUUUUGACCAUGAUACACUCAUUGAACACUACGGGUACCGACUGAUGCUGCGCCAGCGCAAAUACCGCAUUUACCUCGCCUACUAUGAAGGCGGAGAUCUCCAUUCGGCACUAAAAGGAAGAAUGCCCUCUCCAGAAUUGUUGGACCUAUAUACAUCGCCACGCAAACGCGAAACCGAAGCCCAGGAAGGCUACUACUGGGACGCUGAACUACGCUGUUACAGAGACCAAGGAGACAAUCUACCCCCUGUAUUACCCGAGCGACUGAUCAUUGAAAUAAUCACUGCCCUUACCAAAGCAUGCCAGAUUCUGCAUUUCGGGCAAGCAGAAGACGAACGCCUGAUUCCAGGAGCAGAAAGAAUCACGCACCGCGACAUCAAACCGGACAACAUCUUCAUUGCCCCAUCCAACCAACCUGGCGAAUUCCCGACAUUCGUUCUUGGAGACCUUGGACUCGCCUUCUUCCCGCACCGCAGAGACGAAGACGACGACAUACCCCGUCUGUCCCGCGCUCCACCUGACAACCCUAACCAAUACACCUGGUCCCACGACACAUUCGACCACCGCUACGCGCCCGAAGUGUACGGGCAAACGCAAGACACGAAGCCAAACGAGAUCGGCGAAAAAACAGACGUCUGGCAAAUCGGCGCCGUCCUCUUCUGGCUGCUCGCCAACGGCUUCGAGAAUUCCGCCCGCGGUCCCCAAGCAGUGGAAUGGGGAUACCCCCAGUUCAUCUCGCGACCUGAGCGUUUCCCGCGAAUGGAAAGGUAUAGCGGUCCGGAUGGGCUUGACAAUAGGUUUGAUCUGGAGUUGUUCCCCACGCUGUUGAGGUAUGCGCCUAAGCUUAGGAACCUGUGUGCAAAAUGUGUGAAUUGGGAUCCGGAUCACCGACCGACGCUGCAGGAUAUAAGUUGGGAGUUGGACGAAAUUUUGGAGGCGGAUUUGGAUAUGAGUGUGAAUAGGAGUUAUGGGCUGUUGAUAACGAAAGUGGAUAUGGAGUUUGUGGUUGGGUCGUUAUGGCCGUAUUAUCCCCAGGGAGGCUUGUAG